AUGAAGUUCUGCAUCGUCGCCUGUUUCGCGGCCUCCGUGCUGGCUGCCAGCCGCACCACCGCUCCCUCCGGAUCAAUUGUCGUGGCCAAGUCGGGUGGUGACUACACUACCAUCAGCGACGCCAUUUCGGCCCUGGACACUGACUCUUCCGAGACCCAAACCAUCUUCAUUGAGGAGGGUACCUACGAGGAGCAGGUCUACAUCCCUGAGCUUUCCGGAAAGCUCGUCAUCUACGGCCAGACCGAGGAUGACACCACCUACUCCUCCAACACCGUUACCAUCACCUCGGGGCUGAGCCUCGAUGAUGUGAGCGACGACGAUGAGUCCGCCACCCUCCGUAACUGGGCUGCCCAGACUGCCAUCUACAACAUCAACGUAGCCAACACCUACGGCGAGGGUGCCCAGGCUCUGGCGCUGAGCGCCUACAACUCCGAGCAGGGCUACUACGGCUGCCAGUUCACCGGAUUCCAGGACACCGUCCUCGCUGAAACCGGUUACCAGGUCUACGGUGGCUGCUACAUCGAGGGUGCUAUCGACUUCAUCUUCGGUCAGACCGGUAACGCCUGGUUCGACAGCUGCACGAUCGGUGUCCUCACCUACGGAGAUGGUACCAUCACCGCCCAGGGCCGUGACUCCAGCUCCGACGAUGGAUACUUCGUUAUCAACGAGAGCACUAUUGAGGCUGCGUCCGGUGAGGAUGUUGUUGAGGGUACUUACUACCUUGGUCGUCCUUGGGAAGAGUAUGCUCGUGUUGUCUUCCAGAAGACCGUUAUGAGCGAUGUGAUUAACUCUGCUGGUUGGGUUGAGUGGUCUACCAGUGAGCCUAACACUGAGUACGUUCUCUUUGGCGAGUAUGAUAACUCUGGUGAUGGUUCUGAGGGCACUCGUGCUAGCUUCGCUGAGGAGCUCUCUUCUGCGAUUGAUAUCACCACUAUCUUGGGCAGUGACUACGAGGACUGGGUUGAUACCAGCUACCUUGCUUAA